UUAAAAUAGAAUUUUAAAUACAAAGAAUGUCAGCUAUUUCAAGAACUCCAGAAAGGAGUGGAACUGUAGCCAGAGUGGAUUUAAUCACAAAUUAUUUCAAGCUUUCUUUCCCAAAUGGGGGUGACUGUCCUAUCUUCAAGUACUCAAUGAAGUUCAUCCCAGAUGUACCGGUGAAGAAUCAAAGGCUAAAGCUGAAGCUUUUCAGUAAGAUCAGAAAGCAAGUGGUAAAUGACCUAGGCAGAGUGGUCUAUGAAGGUAAUAGUGAACUCUAUGGGAUGAGCACCGAAUCUGAACCAGAGGAGUCGUACAAGGCCUCUUUUAGAGAUGAAGAUUACACUAUUUCAGUAAAAUUUGUGCAAGCAAUUAGCCCAAGCGAUGCUGAUUCUAAAGUCUUCUAUGGUAUCUUCAUCAAAAGCCUUUUUACAAAGCUUGGGCUGAGUGAAAUUGGUAGGAAGUACUUUGAUGCAAGAAGAGCCCAUAAUCUCUCUGAUAAAUCUCUUAGUAUCAUGCCAGGCUUCUCCUCUGCUCUAGAGAGUUUAUCUGAUGGACUAAUGGUCAAAAUAGAUAUAGCUCACAGAGUGUUACGACAAGAAUCUGCCUACAAUGUAAUAAAGGGAAUCAAAGGGCAUUGAAGAGAUCCAUAUAAGCUCCAAUGGGAGAUAAAGAAGGCCCUUGUUGACUCUGUUGUCCUUACAAAAUAUAACAAGAACUCUACUUACCAGAUCAAUGAUGUUAUAUUUGAUAUGAAUCCUAUGUCCAAAUUCAAGUAUUAUGAUAUCUCAAAGCAAGAACUCACUGAAAUCUCAUAUUGUGAGUACUACAAUAAGAAGUACCACAUCACUCUCAAGGACGAAACCCAGCCGAUGCUAGAGUACCGUGACAAGAGAAGGAAAAGAUCUAUCUAUCUCGCACCAGAGAUCUGAACUAUGACUGGGAUCACCGACCGACAGAAGAAGGACUUCAAGAUCAUGAAAGAAAUGGCCUCUAUUACCCAUAAAUCAGCAGAAGACAGAAUGAAGAGCGUCAACGAGCUGCUUGACACAAUCAAGCAGAGUGAAAACUGUCAAGAGACUAUGAAGGCGUUCAAGGUCCAAAUUGAAGAUGAGCCUUCUAAAGUUCAAGGAAAGUUACUGCAAAUUGGCAAAUUCUUAAUGGCCAAGGAUGGUUGAGGAAAAAGAAAAGAGAUCGAACCCCUUGCCAGAGAGGGUUGAGAUAGAGAUAUACAGCAUAAGAUGUAUGAGCAGGCAUCCUUGAAUAAGUGGGCAAUACUUUAUCAUCAUAGUUCUGAAAGGUUUAUCGACAAUUUCUGUAAUGGCUUUAGGAAAGUUUGAGGUGAAUAUGGAUUCAAGAUUAGAGCUCCUAAAAUGAUUAAAUGCUCUCAAAAUGAUUUAGAACGGGAGAUAAGGAAACUUGGAAAUGUAGACGAUGUUGACUUGCUUCUGUACGUUAUUGAAGGCCCCAAAGUGAAUAAUGAGCAGUAUAAGAGGUUUAAAAGAAUGACUUUUAAUGAGAAACAGAUCCCUACUCAAUGAAUCAAUGUGUCUACUAUCAAAAAGGGAAGGAAUAUCAUGUCAAUUUAUUCGAGGAUUCUCAUGCAGAUAAACAGUAAGCUUGGAGGUGCACCAUGGGCUGUUUCUGAAUGCCCCCUUUCUAAUAAACCUACAAUGGUGAUGGGCAUAAAUGUUUGGAAAAAGAAUUAUAAAGCAAAGCACUCGAUUAUUUCUCUGACUGCCUCUGUAAACAUUAGGUACAACAAAUAUAUUACCAUAUGUGAUGAAAUAGGACCUAAUGAAGAUCUUGGCUCAAAAAUGAAAAUUUUAGUAGAAAAAGCAAUAGAAUCUUUCCUGAAAAUCAACAAGACUGAAAUUUCAAGACUGAUUAUCUACCGCGAUGGAGUCUCAGAAUCCCAACAAACCCAGGUGCUAAUUUAUGAAGUCGAGCCUAUCAAAAGUGCACUGAAAGAGAAAAACAUUUCUUUUGCCUUUAUCAUUGUUAACAAGAGGACCCAGACCAGAUAUUAUGUUCAAGAGGGAAGACUUAAAGGACCUACUCCAGGAAUGCUUGUUGAUGAAGGAAUUGUCAGUCAGAAAAAUGGGCCUUCAAAAGAUUUCUACCUCGUCUCCCAAAUAGCAAAGCAGGGAGCAGCUUCUCCAACACAUUACCACAUACUUCAUAUUGACGAGGGUCUUCAUAAAUCUGAUUUGAUGCUGCUUACUUACAAAUUGUGCUUCCUUUACUUCCACAUAAACUCAGGAAUUAAGGUUCCUGCUCCAAUCCAGUAUUCUGAAAGACUAGGAGCAUUACUUGGAGAUAGUGUUAAUGCUAAAGCUAACGAGAAAAGACCUGAUGAGAAUGGUAAGAUUUACACCCUUCCAGGCAAGAGGUUCCUUAACAAACCAGGACUCUUCUUUAUUUAAACUGAGAUAACUAAAACAUUCAACAUGAAG